CCCGGGUGCCGGGCUGAAGCGGGUGGCUGGCCGAGCGCUGCAGGGCGUCCGCCCGCCAGGAUCAGGAGCUGUUGGGACACGCGCUCUCCCUUUUGAAUUGCCUUGUUGGGGCCACCAUGAGGCGCCUGGGCUCGGUGCAGCGGAAAAUGCCGUGUGUGUUUGUGACGGAGGUGAAAGAGGAGCCCUCCACCAAAAGAGAGCAUCAGCCAUUUAAAGUUUUGGCAACUGAAACUAUAAGUCACAAGGCAUUAGAUGCAGAUAUAUACAAUGCAAUUCCAACAGAAAAAGUGGAUGGAACAUGUUGUUAUGUUACUACCUACAAAGGUCAACCAUACCUCUGGGCUCGACUCGAUAGGAAACCCAACAAACAAGCUGACAAAAGAUUUAAAAAUUUUCUACAUUCAAAAGACAGUUCAAAAGAGUUUUUUUGGAAUAUUGAAGAGGACUUCAAACCUGUCCCGGAGUGUUGGAUACCAGCAAAGGAAAUAGAACAACUAAAUGGGAAUCCAAUUCCUGAUGAAAAUGGACACAUUCCUGGCUGGGUACCAGUGGAAAAAAACAACAAACAGUAUUGCUGGCAUUCUUCUGUGGUUCAUUAUGAAUUUGGAAUUGCCUUGGUGUUAAAGCCCCACGCUGCAGAUCCUGGGGUCUUGGAAAUAAGUGCAGUGCCACUAGCAGACCUCUUAGAACAAACACUGGAGCUCAUAGGAACACAUAUCAAUGGAAAUCCAUAUGGGUUAGGAAGCAAGAAGCAUCCAUUACACCUUCUUAUACCACAUGGAGCAUUUCAAAUAGGAAAUCUUCCUGCAUUGAAGCACAGUGAUCUACUGUCCUGGUUUGAAGGUUGCAGAGAGGGCAAAAUCGAAGGAAUAGUAUGGCAUUGCAGUGAUGGCUGUUUAAUUAAGGUCCAUCGGCAUCAUCUUGGUUUAACCUGGCCAAUUCCAGAUACUUACAUGAAUUCAAAGCCAGUUGUUAUCAACAUGAACUUGAACAAAUAUGACACUACCUUUGAUACUAGAUGUUUGUUUAGUGACUUUUCAAAAAUAGAUAAUCAGAAAUUUGGUAGGCUCAAAGACAUAACACUUGAUGUAUAAACUGAAUUGCAAUUAAAAUUAGCUUUGCUACUAUAUUUGAAUCCUAAUUCUUUGCUCAAAAGGUGUAAAUAUUGUGAAAUAUCACUAUGUCUUCUAAUUUUUGAAAAAAUGAUUUUCCAGAUGCAAAUACUCAUUCAGUCUUUUAUUUGAUAUUGACAAAUGUUAACCCCUGGACAUACAAAUAUAAGUAACAGUAAGUCCCAAAGACUGUUUAAGGGUAAAUUCUGUUCACUUUAGCUGGAUGAUAAUUUAAGGACAACAAAUGAAAGCAUCUGAGAGUCUUUACAUAUAUAUAAGUAUAUACAAAAUCAUAGUUGUGAAUGUUACAGUUGUUGAAGUUUACCUUCAUACUAUUAACAAAAAAACCUUAAUGCAAACAUUAUGAACACAGAAAAACUAUUUUAUCCUAGCUUAAUGAAAAAUCUGUCUUCAAAAUAUACAUUUCCAAUAAGAUAAAAUCCCCAAAAAUUUUACUUAAUAAAAAUUUCAGUUCACUUCUGUAAUGGUAUGGUAUAGAGUUGAAGAAAUUCUUCAGUCCAGAUUUGCUUAAUAUCCUAUAAAAUUUUAAACUUAUAAAUAAAUAAAACUAUGAUUAUUGAUGGACCUUAAUAUACAGGGAAGUUAUCAAGACUUUCUUCAUUUUCAUACUGUUCAGAAGUAACAGGGCUAGUUAAUUCAACACCAAAUUGCUCAGAAAAUUUUUUUAACUUUUCUUCUAAAAGAAUAUUUUUUUUAACUUCUUCCUUAUAAUUAUACUUCAGAUCUUCAAUUUCUUCAAAAAAUGAAGGAUCAAAAUUUUCCAGUUCUUUCUUCAGCUUUUUAACUUCUUCCUAAUGAAAAUAUAUUAUCUUUAAAAGUCAUGUACAUGAAUACAAUUUUUAGUUCAACUAAAGACAUUUAAUCAUAAAUAAGAAAGCCAAAGUAACCUAAAUAGUAAAUGCUAUAGAUGCAGUAUUUUGUUAAGAUUGUUAAUAAGGUGUAACAGUACAAUAUAAAUAAAGAACUUAUAAUUGUCAAACAAUGUAUGCUGUAAGUUUGACUAACAGUUGUUCAGUUUUUAGAGUAUAAUAGCAUUCAAUGUAAUAUAUUCAUUGAGAAAUGAAAAAUGUUCAUCACAACAUGGAUAUUUUGGUUGAGAUUUUAUUUAAAUUAAUUUAUAUUUCCUCUUUACAAGAUGCUAAUUGUUAAUGAGUAGUGGUCAACCUUCCUAAGUUUAUUUAUGAUCAUGGAAAUCCUGGUACUUCUGACAGUCUAAGUAAGGCAUCUGGUGGGGACAGAGAUUUAGAGAUUUUGAGCAUUAAUGAAUAUUUAGAAGAGCCUAUUCCAUUUCUGUGUCCAUGCUAUUUUGUUCAAUUACAUUGCCUUAAAAGGGAUCAUAAUGAAAUGUUUCCAGGGAAAAGUAAACCUUAAGAAACCUAAGAAACAACUUGAAGACACUCCCCCUAAAAGUUGAAGAAAGUAUUCAAGUAAUGAGCUAUAUUUGUUACAAUUAAAAAAUAAAUGUA